AUGCCACACCCAAAUUCACCCUCUUCUUCCAAAAUCCAUCUUCAUCACCUCCAUCCCAUGGCUUCCCCUCCUUUCACUCCCUCACAUCACCUUCUUCUACCUUACUUUUCCACUUUACCCACUUUUCUCCUUCUAAUUCUCCCAACACUCAUCCAAAUUCAAGGAGUUAAUGGUGGAUCAAUCGGAGUCAAUUACGGCACGGUGGCUGACAACCUCCCUCCGCCCUCUAAAGUUGCAGCCUUUCUUUUGGAUAACACAAUUAUCGAUCGCGUCAGACUCUUCGAUGCGGAUCCCGACAUCUUACGAGCUUUCGCUCAUACCGGCAUUUCAGUAUCCAUUACAAUCCCUAACGAUCAAAUCCCCCGCUUAGUGAAGCCAAAUUUCGCUGAAGAAUGGAUCAAAUUCAACAUUCAACCCUACAUCCCUGCCACAAACAUCAUUCGCGUUCUAGUUGGCAAUGAAGUGUUAUCCACCGCCAAUAAAUUGCUCAUCGCCAACCUCGUUCCAGCAAUGCAGAGCCUUCACACAGCUCUCGUUGAAGCCUCCCUGGACCGAAGGAUUCAAAUCUCAACGCCCCACUCUCUGGGCAUUUUGUCGAACUCAACCCCGCCGUCGACUGGAAGGUUCAGGCAAGGCUACGAUACACACGUAAUUAAACCAAUGCUGAGCUUCCUCAGAGAAACAAACUCGCCAUUAAUGGUGAAUCCAUAUCCAUUCUUCGCCUGCACUGCUGAAAAUCUAGAUUAUGCGCUUUUCCGACCGAACCCCGGCGUGUUCGACUCGGAUUUAGGAAUUUUAUACACCAACAUGUUGGAUGCUCAAUUGGACGCUGUUUAUUCCGCGAUGAAAAGCAUGAACUUUGAGGAUCUUGAUAUUGUGAUAGCCGAAACGGGCUGGCCUUCAAAGGGUGACCCGUCCCAAGUUGGAGUCGGCCCAAAAGAAGCUGCUUAUUACAAUGGAAAUCUCAUGCGACAUGUCGUGUCAGGCAAAGGGACGCCUUUGAUGCCGAACCGGACUUUCGAGACAUACAUUUUCGCUUUAUUCAAUGAAAAUCUCAAACCCGGUCCAGUUGGCGAAAGGAACUUUGGGCUAUUCGAACCAGAUCUGACCCCGGUUUAUGAGAUUGGAAUUCUUCGGCCCACGGCUCAAUCCGCUACUCCGAGAGCCCAUCAGGGUCCAGUUGAAGGCCCAAUAUCUACACCGAGAAGCCCAAGCCGAAGCACAGUGAGUGAAAGUAAAAGGUGGUGCGUGCCCAAAACUGAGGCCAGCGUGGAGGCCUUGCAGAGAAACAUAGAUUACGUUUGUGGGUUGGGCUUGGAUUGUGGGCCGAUCCAAGAAAAUGGGCCGUGUUAUGCUCCAAAUACGGUGCGAGGGCAUGCUGCUUACGUCAUGAACGCCUACUUUCAAGCCACGGAGGGGAAGGAGUUUGAUUGCGAUUUUGACCAAACGGGCGCUCUAACCACGGUGGAUCCAAGUUAUGGGAAGUGCAGAUAUUGGUAAAAUGGGAGAUAUGGAGGGAGGCCAAUCACCCAUAUUUCCAUUCUCUUCUUACUUAUUUUUGUUUGUUCUCUUUGUGUUAUUUAGUUUAGCAAAAAUAAUGUUAUUUAGUUAAGCAGUUGAAGAGGUGGAGAUGGUGCCAAGUUUAGGGAUAGAUCAAUCUUAGCUCAUUUUGCCAUCCAAAAGUUUGUUUGUGUUUUUUUUUUUUUUUUUGGGUAUUCUCUCUGGUUCAUAAUUUGGGUUUAGGGUACUUUUUGGAUAUCUCUUCAACCUAUAUGUUCGUUGUGUUUUCGUUUUUUGUGGGUAUUCGUCUUCAACUUAGAUCUAUAAUGACUUUGAUUUGAAAGUGUUUUCUUCAAUUCCAACUGAUUGCUUCGGAAACUCAAGUUGUUUCUAUUGGUAUCGAGUUUGAGGGAAAGUGUUAAAAUUAAUUAGAGUUUAUUCU